AUGGAGGCCAAUCCAGGGGAAGCGAGCUCUCCGACCGCAACUGCGCCUGCGGCUGCACCGGUAGCGGCAGCGGCGGUGGCGGUGGUGCCGGAGGCUACGGUGAGCUUUCAGUCACCGGCAUCUGCGCCGCCUCCGAUAGCUUCACAUGCACCUGCACCGUCUCCGGUGGAGAUGGUUAGCUCGAGCGGCCUGUUUGUGCCGCCGGGUAUGAUGACGGCGAUGGUGGCGGCCGCAGGGAGAGGGGCUCUGUCCGCGGGGCCGUUGGUCAAGGUGGGGAAGAAGCGGGGGAGGCCGAGGAAGUACGGGCCGGACGGGAGCCUGAUCCAGCCGUUGAACGCCACGCCGAUCUCCGCCUCGGCUCCGAUGUCGGCCGCCGUCGCGGCGGGGCAGUACACGCCUGCGGCCGCGGUUGGCGCCGCCAUGAAGCGCGGGAGGGGCCGGCCCCUCGACUUCGCCGCCGCGGCGGCCAAGCCGUACCACCACCAGCUGCACCAGCCGCCGCAGCAGCAGCAGUUCGGUUUCCACUUCAGCUCCAUUGGUGACAUGGUGGCUUGUUCUGCUGGUGGGAAUUUCACUCCUCAUAUCAUCACUGUUGCUCCUGGUGAGGAUGUGACGAUGAAGGUUAUAUCAUUUUCUCAACAAGGACCGCGAGCUAUUUGUAUUCUCUCUGCUAACGGUGUGAUAUCAAAUGUUACACUUCGUCAACCCGACUCCUCUGGCGGCACGUUAACUUAUGAGGGACGCUUUGAGUUGCUGUCCUUGUCUGGUUCCUUCAUGCCAACUGAAAACAGUGGCGCACGAAGUCGGUCAGGUGGAAUGAGUGUUUCUCUUGCCAGCCCAGAUGGUCGUGUUGUCGGUGGUGGAGUUGCUGGCCUUCUGGUAGCGGCUAGUCCUGUUCAGAUUGUCGUGGGAAGCUUCCUGCCAAGCUAUCCGAUGGAACCGAAGCAGAAGAAGGCGAGGGUGGUCGCGGCACCAAUCCUUAGCCAGGCACCCCCUGCUGUUCAGCUCUCUAGUGCGGAUACGCACAGCAGCGAGCAAGGGCAGCACAGCUCGGCCUCCCCAAGAAUGAACGUCGUAACUUCUUCAGCGUACAGCGCAGACCAGAACUGGGCAUCCACCGUUGUUCAGUCGGCUCCUGCCGAGGCAUCAAGAAGCGCAUCGUCGGGCGAUCUGAACCUCACUGCCUCUGGAUCCUGA